UUCUGUAACAUUGGUCAAAAGUGUAGCUUUGCGACUUUUUGAUUCUAUCACCCUUUUAACCAAACGGUGAGUUUAAUAUAAAACAACGAGGAGCUUCUGUGCGACCGUUAACGAAGGGUAGAGAAGAGAUGUCUGCUCAAGUCAGACUGAGGCUGCUGCCGAGUGCCAGGUGUUUGUUCGAUGAGCCCAUUCAGGUGAAAGUUGCGGGGCUUAGGUCGAAGCAGGUGGUCACCAUGAGAGCCAGAUCCACCGACGACAAAGGAGUGGUGUUCAGCUCCAUGGCCACCUACAGGGCUGAUGGCAACGGGGAGAUCAACCUGGAGAGAGACCCUUCACUUAGUGGAAGCUUUGUUGGGGUUGAGCCCAUGGGUCUGCUGUGGUCGAUGACAGCAGACACCUUGCACAAAAGGUUUCAGAAGACAAAUACACUAAAUCCCCACGUGGUGAAGUUCUCUGUGCAUGAAGAAGAGGGUGAGAUGCUUGCAGAGGUGACUAAUGAGAGGUUUCUGAUCAAAGAAGGGAUCAGCCGUGCUCCUGUCAAAGAAGGGAAUCUUCGUGGAGUCCUAUUUACUCCCCCAGGAAAAGGACCGUUCCCUGCCGUGUUGGAUUUAUACACAUUUGGUGGUGGUCUUUCUGAGAAAAGGGCCUCCCUGUUAGCCAGCAGAGGGUUUCUGGUUCUGACUGUGUCUCUGUAUGGCCAUGAUGACCAACCAAAGAACAUCAAGGAAAUCCACCUGGAUUAUUUUGAAGAAGCAAUCAACUUUUUAAGAAAACAAGAAAAGGUGGGCAGUAAAGGAGUUGGUAUAAUAUCUCUUUCAAAAAGUGGAGAUCUUGCUCUAUCAGCAGCCUCUUUCCUGCCAAACGUUGAGGCUGUUGUAUGGAUCAAUGGCUGCUCUGCUAAUGUAAUUUUACCCCUCUACUAUAAGAAGAAACUUAUUCUUCCUGCAUUAAUGUUUGAUCCAAAGAAACGGAUUCCUACUGAGUCAGGGGCCAUCAUAUCCAAAUAUGCCAUGCACAGUCCUCUAGAGGAAGAGAACAAAGCCACCCUGGUCCCCAUUGAACGAGCCAAGGGCCGCUUCCUCUUUGUGGCCUCAGAGGAUGACCUCAACUGGGACAGCAAGGCCUACAUGGACGAGAUGGUGGAGAGACUGAAGCAUCAUGGAAAGGACAACUUUGAGACAUUGAGUUACCCAGGAGCAGGACACUAUUUAGAGCCACCUUAUGGACCGUACUGCCCCUCCAGCUUCCAUGGAGUUGCAGGCAAGCCAGUCCUGUGGGGGGGUGAGCCCACUACCCAUGCAGCAGCCGAGGUCCACCUGUGGAAGAAGAUCCAGGAGUUCUUCAGAACUCACGUAAGCUGUGAUACUGCUCAGGCGAAAGCCAAGUUGUAAAUUCGAAUUGGAUGAUAGAAAAGCUAAAGAUCAGGGAAACUGACAUUGGUUGCUAAUGAACUGCAUAGUUACACCGAUCUGGCCUUAUAAAACUCUUGUGGGUUUUCCCAGAGUGCAGUAGUCCAAAGCAAGACAUUCACAGUGAGCCAGUAAUAAGGUUAUAGAUAUUGAAUUCACAAUCAUUCCAUUAUCAUAUGAAUGUAAUUAUUAGACUUGAAUCCAGCUUCUGCUAAUUGUAGUAAUUUACCUGUAUAAAAAGAGCUGAGUGAAACUAAGAAAUAGUUUGUUUCAUUGAAUUGACUGACAUUUGUUUUAGCUUGCUAGAAAUAAAAACAAUAAAAUUUUGUGUUUCCUACUAAUGUUUUAGUAUGUAUGCAUAUAUACAUACAUUGCAAGUAGGAGUAUAGAAAUGAAUCAGCGACUGUAGGAGCCAUUAUUUCUCUUCCUUAUUUGGUCCAGGUUCAUCAUGGUGGUGGUGUUUGUUUAUAUUUGGAAAAG